CCUGGCAUCUCGCAGGGCCCUGCCACAGCAUGGAGGGGCUUCGGGCACUGGGUGUCCUGCUGCUGUCCUGCCUGCUGCUGCCCUCACCCGCGGGCACCCAGACCAGCCCCAGCCCCAACCCUGACCAGCGUUUGGUGACAGACCCCGAGGAGGCACCAUCCCAUCACCACGCAGCCAGUGCCACGCGGGAGCAGAAGCCCGACGGUGCCCAGGAGGGGCUGCCCCCCCGGCCCCGCUGCGUCCGCUGCUGUGAGCCGCCCGACCAGCACUUCUCCUACCCCCGCUACCAGCCCCUGCCCCAGAUCAACAUGACCAUCCUGAAAGGAGAAAAGGGGGACCGCGGCGAGCGAGGCAUGCAGGGCAAGUACGGCAAGACAGGGGUGGCCGGCAGCAGGGGCCACGCGGGUCCCAAGGGCCAGAAGGGCAGCGUGGGCGCCCCGGGGGAGCGCUGCAAGAGCCACUACGCCGCCUUCUCGGUGGGCCGCAAGAAACCCCUGCACAGCAACGACUACUACCAGCCCCUCAUCUUCGACACGGAGUUCGUCAACCUCUACGACCACUUCAACAUGUUCACGGGCAAGUUCUACUGCUACGUCCCCGGGAUCUACUACUUCAGCCUCAACGUGCACACCUGGAACCAGAAGGAGACGUACCUGCACAUCAUGCGUAACGGGGCGGAGGUGGUGAUCCUCUACGCCCAGGUGAGCGACCGCAGCAUCAUGCAGA